UGUCGUCGUCAUAGCAACUAACACCCGCCAUCUUGAACUGCAAGGACAGAGGAAAGACUCGUUUGAAAUACAAGAGUCAUGCCUCAAAAGGAGGAGCCGAUCUAUUGCUCACAACAAAUCAACAUUCCUCCAGAGUUGCCAGAUAUCCUAAAGCAGUUUACUAAGGCUGCUAUUCGUACACAACCGAAGGAUGUUUUACAGUGGGCUUACGCGUACUUUGAUGCCUUGUCUAAAGGAGAGACACCCCCAGUUAAAGAACGUCUCGAGUUCCAGUUAGGGCAGCCUCUGGAAAAACCCCUUACUCAAGGCUUACUUGCAGUUUUACACAAACAGCUAGGUGGAAAGCCUGUUAUAGAGUUGUCAUCCUUGGAAGAAAAGUGGAAACAUUUGUCACUUCCUAAAGACACUCUAGAUGAGCUACUGAGGUUGGGAAGUUUUGCUGAAGAACUGAAGUGGCUUCAUUUUCUGGCUCUUGCUUGCAGUGCAAUUAGUGAGAAUCUUACAUUGGCUAUGAAAACAGUUUGUGAGAUUUUGACAACUGAUCUAGAAGGGGGCCCUGCAAGAAUACCAUUCUCACUGUUUAAGGAAUUGUUCACAUACCUAGCAGAGACUGAUGGAGAAAUUCCCAAGGAACAUGUUGAUGCUGUCAUUGAGCACCUAAGCUAUGACGUGGACAAACAAGAAGGACAAGUCUCUCCACGCAACUUUAUGAGUGACAGUUGUCCUCCACUUUCACCUAAUGAAAACUCAUGAAAACAAUCAUGACAUAAAAACUGAAGUACAAACUGUUUUUGUAAUAUUGGUUCAUUUUAUUCCAGCCUCAAGCUGUGAAAAAUAUGCGUUUUCAACAUAUUACAGGCCGUGUUAAUCAACAUGUACAUGUCAUAGAUACUAUCAUACACAUCCAUCUCUGGAAAAAUCCUACAUAUAUAUAUAUAAUUUAUAUAUGAGGCUAGAUUAAUGUAGUAAACAAGUUGCUUAUGGCUAGAUCCUUACAGUAAUGAUAGCAGAAUGCUUUCAAGGAGCAGUGUUAGUGAAAUGUACAUACAUGUACUAUUGUGAUCAAGAAGUAAACUUUCACUCAACUUA